AUGAAAAUCAUUCAUCAAAAUGGUUAUACAGUGGAGGAACUGGCUUUGUAUCGUUUAACGGUAUACAAGAACCUGAUGGAUUGCGUCAAGUCGCUCAUCGGAGCCUACCACCAGUUCAAUCUCGAACCAACAAGCCAGAAGGUCCGAGAUUAUAUCCAGUAUCUUUCCGAUUACAACAUCGACCCAGAUCCGAACACGGCGUUAGAGCCUAAGGUCGGAGAUGCGAUAACCUAUAUAUGGAGCGACCCGUGUACCUCGGUAGCUCUGGAACAUCAAAACGAGUUCUAUCUGAUGGACUCCGCGCCAUAG